AUGGCCAAGCCGAAUAAGAAGGGGAAGGGCCCCAAGGGACUCCGUGGUUCCAAAGAUUUUGAUGAAAGUGCCUUGACAAACCUCACCUCAAAACUCGACAAGAACCUGAAGGGAAGUGACAGCAAACGCAAGCAACCGCCUUCCGACGGCUCUCCCAACCAGGACCGCAAGAGGCAGCGUAAUUCCACCAAAGGAUCCUCCAAGCCCUCCGCGGCUCAGGGUGGGAGGAGAGCCGACAAGUCUCUUCUGGAUGAGAUCAGGGCACUUGGCGGUGACGAGGAAGACCUGGCCCUCAUUCAGGACAUUGAUUCAUCCGACGAUGAAGUGGUCAAAGACAGCAACGUGCCCGUCGACAAGAAGCUGAAGGAUGAGCUUGCCGCCUUCUCAAAGAACCUCGGUUUCAGUGACCACCAGCUUAGUGAGGCCGGCGACAGCGAGGAUGAUGCUGGUCAGGAUGAUGAGGAUGGGGAGGAUCAAGCAGAAGAUGAUGAGGAAGAGAAGGGUGACGACCAGCAAGAUGACGAUGACGAAGAAGCUAUCUUUGAACCCAGGGCGGAUUGGCAUGCCGCCAAGCUCCCACAACUACCCGGGCCCUCAAGCGAGAACGUAGGCCCGUACGCGGGAGCCGUCGAGGCUCUCAAGAUCCAAGCUAAGAAACUUCUUGAGGGCGACGCGGAGAAGUAUAGGACCAGCGUCUUUGCUUCGUCGUCACACAAGUUCCUUGCCACCAUCAUGACAUCUGGUACCCUCAACGAUAAAGUCUCUGCAUUGACUCUUGCCAUCCAAGAGUCGCCGCUUCACAACAUCAGGGCCUUUGAUACUUUGAUGAACCUUGCCUCAAAAAAGAGCAGGGCUCAGGCCAUCGGCGCCAUUGGCGCCAUCGUCGAUAUGCUGGGCCCCGGUGUCGUCCUGCCUGCGAACCGCAGGCUCCGCUCCUUCCAGACCCAGCCUGGCCUGAUUGGCACCCUGCAGAAGACGUCUACCAAGUCGUGGAGUCCCGAACAGCCUCUUCCCGGCAGGAUCAUUCCCAGGCAAUUGAUUAGCUGGGCAUACGAGGACUGGCUCAAGGAUACCUACUUUAAGAUUCUGCAGCUCCUCGAGGCGUGGAGCUCCGAUGAGAUCGAAUACUCGCGCUCGAGGGCCCUCGACUUCAUCUACGGACUUCUCAAGGAGAAGCCUGAGCAGGAAGCCAACCUUCUCAGACUUCUUGUGAAUAAGCUCGGUGAUCGCGACCGCAAGAUUGCGUCCCGCACCUCGUACCUCCUCUUGCAGCUUCAGACAUCGCACCCCGGCAUGAAGCCCAUCAUCAUUCGCACAGUCGAGCAGGAGAUUCUGCUUCACCCUUCCCAGGACCACCGAUCAAAGUACUACGCCAUCAACACUCUUAACCAGACCAUCCUGAGUGCAAGGGAACCAAACAUUGCCGAGCACCUCAUGCAGGUGUACUUUGACCUCUUUGUCACCCUACUCAAGGCCGGCAGCCUCGGCAUCUCGCUCCAGAAGGAUCAGGAUGACCCCGCUGGCGCUAAGAAUGAAAUGCGAGCGAUGUCAGCAAAACCCGGAAAGGGCCCUCAACCGGAAGGGAAGUCGAAGCCGUCUGAGCAGGAGAUUGAAGCGGCCGACAAGUUGGUGUCUGCCAUCCUCACUGGCGUCAACCGUGCCGCACCAUUUGUUGGCGCAAACGAUACGAUCAUGGAGAAGCACAUGGACACCUUGUUCAAGAUCGCACACUCGACAAAUUUCAACACGGGCAUCCAGGCUUUGCUGUUGAUCCAGCACCUCUCGACGGUCAGGAGCCUGGGUACCGACCGAUUCUACAGGACACUCUACGAGUCUCUGUUGGACCCGCGCCUGGUUACAUCGUCGAAGCAGGCCUUGUAUCUCAACCUUGUUCUGCGUGCCCUCAAAAACGACCUGGAUGUGCGACGUGUCAAGGCGUUUGUCAAGCGCAUGCUCCAGAUCACUCACCUCCACCAGCCUCCCUUCAUCUGCGGUCUUCUCUAUGUGGUGGCGCACCUGAGGCGAACAUUCCCCGACCUGGACACACUGAUACAAGAUCCCGAGGAGUCCAUCUUUGAUGACGAACCUGCCGACCAACGACCAGUCUACGACGGUCGCAAGAGAGACCCGGAGCACAGCAAUGCCCAGCGGAGUUGCCUCUGGGAAUUGCUGCCACUCCAGGCCCAUUUCCACCCUUCUGUGGCCGUUUUUGCUCUCGCAUUGACGGACAAGACGCGCGAAGUUACCAAGCCCGAUAUUGACAGCCACUCCCUCAUCAAAUUCCUGGACAAAUUUGUGUACAAGGAGCCCAAGGCCAACGAGUCGUCACGUGGUGUAUCAAUCAUGCAGCCCCUCAAGGCCACUCGGGACGAGGGCGACAUCUGGCUUGGACGCCGUGGUGCCGCCUCGGCCGUCACGUCGGUCAACUCAAACGCCUUCAAAGGCAAGAAGCCGGACGAGGUGUCUGCAGAGGAUGUCUUCUUCCACAAGUACUUCCAGCACGCUUCCAAGGAGCCCCGCAAGGCGGCUUCCAAGGUCGCCGGUGACGAGGACGAGGACGAGGACGAGGACGAGAUCUGGAAGGCUCUGGUCUCCUCGCGACCCGACGUGGAUGGCGAUGCCGACUCUGAGGGCUUCUCCGAUCUGGACGCGGAUGACAUGGCCUCUGAUGACGACGAAAGCCAAGAUGACGAAGUCGAAGAUGACGAGCCAGUCGACAUCGAGGGCGACUCCGAUGAUCAGGGCCUGGUAGCUGCCCUGGAGGAGGACGAGGAAAGCGAGGUGGACGAGGCCAAGGAGAGGAGGGAUAAGCGCAAGGCUCAUCGCAAAGAGAUUAAGGCACUCCCCAUGUUUGCUUCGGUAGACGACUACGCACAGCUACUAGCGCAGGACGAGGACGAGGAGUUUUAG